AGUGCGUACUUGGUCAGGAACGCCAACCGGGGAAGAUCUUGGACUCCCGAGCUGUUCUCCGCAACGCUCGUGAACACGACCACAACUUCAGCCAUCCCCCAUCCCCCAUCGCAGCCUUGAUCCCCUGCGCAUCAUCACACAAGGCUUCUUGCGAAAGAAGACCACGCCACAGCCAAGCUUUCGGCAGCCCCCGGCUCUACAUACAGCCAUAUUUGGACCCGGCGCAAGCGCAAAGCUCUCACCAUGUCUUCACACGAAAAGCUAUCGGCAGCCGCCAACGACCGGAAGUCACGCCUCGCACAGCUCAAGUCGCUCAAGCGGAAACAAGAGCAAAUCUCAGACGCGCCAGAAGCUGCCGACUCGCCAUCCAUCCAGCUCCAGACCGAGACAUCGCAGGCUCUUACACGCACAGACGAGGAGGAACCUUCAGUAGCAGCGACCUACCUCUCGGGCCGAAACUACGAUGCGACGACGCGGAACGUCAAGCUGGGCUUCGACAACCUUCCCAUCGCUGACCCCACGAAUACCUUGGAAUACAAGGCAGAGCAAUUAGCGCUGGAAACAAAGGCACAACAGGACGCAGAGAAGGCAGAAGACAAGGGACUAGAUCUCUUCAAGUUACAGCCCAAGAAGCCAAACUGGGACCUGAAGAGGGACCUGGAGCACAAGAUGAAGGGACUGAAUGUACAAACAGACAACGCCAUCGCAAAGCUGGUCCGAGAAAGAGUGGAAGCGCAGAAGGCUAUAAAAGAGAAGCAACCGACAGACGGAAGCAAUGGAGAAGAGGUGGGCAUGGACGGCAGUGAGUUGGUCGAGGCCAUGCACCUGAAGGAGCAAGAAGACGAGCGAGAAAGGAAAAGGGACGAGGAGGACGAGGACGUGAGCUGAGAGGGCAUGGCUAACAUUGGAUGGAUUUUGAAAUAAGAGGCAAAAACCUUCAUCUCAGCUUAUGCACUCCUGAGCCUUGUAUCUGCUUCAGGGACGUAGACAUGGAAGCACCAACAUGUACGCCAACCAAAGAAGACAGGAGCAUGACAUAACACGCAAAUCGAACCACGGGAGAGCAGAACCGGAUCUUCGGAGAGUAUCUAGGACCUAAGGUCACGAUGAAACCACAAUUAUUGCCUACUCUUUACUACCUAUCUCGACGUCAAAGAAGUUCGACCAUGCGAAACAGCAUCUGCGGGAAGACAAAAAAAUAACAAGUACGCCUAUUUUCGGCCUAAUGAUCUUCUUUCGAAAGAAACAAAAAAACAUACAACAGCGGGG